GUAAUUAAAAAAACUUUAAGCGCGGUCACAUAAAAAGUAUAUAUUUAUAAUUUGUUUAUCUGAAUCAUCGCAGUAGCAUUUUAUGGCAGUGCUUCUGAUUCAAACUGGUGGUACCCUAGUUAAUUUAAACUUCAAGUAACAUCGUUAUUUAACUGUAAGUUUACGGUAUCAUUCAUCAAAUCGAAAAAGCCGCUUAUCAGUAAUGUCUGUCAUUUCGGAAAUUGUUAAAGAAUAGUAUUAAAAUAAUUCAUUUUACAAAAAUCAAUCAUUAUAUACUGUUCUAUUUUUGGAUUUUGGAUAUACAUUAUGUAUAUUGCACAUAUUAAGAAAUAUUUGCUUGCAAUUUGCAAGAUAAUUGCUUCUAAAGUACUUUAACCGCAUAACAGCAAUUAUUCGGACGAAUGGCCUUAUAUAUGUGGAAAAAAGCACGCAUGGGAUAGAAAAGAAUACUUCCGUUUAAAUCCUUCGAUUAUAACCGCUUUUAUAUCGAGAACUAAGUCCCAGAAAAGCUUAGUUUUUACUAACAGAAUACUCUGAUUAGGAAAUAAUCUGUGCAUAUGGAAUUGCAUUAUAAUGGAAACUAAACGCUAAAUUCGUUAUUUUUGUUUUUACAAAUAUAGUAUUCACAGGAGCAUCAUUAAUUGGGUUCUUGCCAUUGCAUAUUGGCAGCCGGCGUCAAAAUAAGUAGUGCUGGGACUUGAACAUGCCAGGAAUAGACAAAUUACUAUUGAGAUUCCUUUUACCGCUUGGUAAUUUCUUGCCUUAACCUGAUUGGAAUAGUACCUACUAACCAAGGCAGUCGUCAUUCUUUUGAGACAAUAAAGGGAGACUUGUCAACAAAAUAGUUGUGAAGAUACGGUAUCAGAAAUUAUGGGGAAAUGUGGAGCAACAGACUAGGUGGGCUGUGAUUUUACAAGUUUUACAAUGUUUGAAUGCGGGAAUAAUAGUAUAUUAAUAACUGUACAAAAAUAUUUUUGUCAACUAAAUCCUUUAGCAGAAAAAAUUAUAAGCGAUAUAAAUGACAUAAAAUCAAACUAUGGUCAAGUUUGGACUAAUUUAAAUCACAAUGAGCAAAACGAUAUAAUCAAUGACACGUUAAUUAAUCCUGAAAUUUCUUUUUUGUAUGAUUCGUCAUCUAAAUCAUUGAAUUUAACAAAUACUCGAGAUGUAUCUGAAAUCGUUUUCCAACCUAAUCCAAUCGAGUCACAUACUACUGUAGUUUCAAAAGAUUUUGACAAAACUUCACCAAAUGACACAGAUGUGACGAAACCAAAUAACGCGAUAUUAGUCAAAAAUAAAGAAAGCAGUAUAACAGGAUAUGAUGGACAUAACCUUCGCACAUUUAGACUACAAAAAGUUGCGCUAAAAGCAAUACAUGACGGCAAUUGUGAAGACGAACACUCAAGUCCAUUCAGUUAUCGCACAAAAUCACAAAUAAAUUUAACAAUAUUCUUUAGUGAUUAUACCAAAGCGAAAACGGAUAGUACAACGGUUUCUGAAACUAGAAAUGAUAGAACUUUAAUACCAGCAGUUCAGCAAAGUUUUCAAACAUUUAAUUCUGAAAUUGUAAAAGUGAAGAAUGGGAAAACAACUGAAAAUGAAGAGAAUAAGGUUGAUAAAAUUAAAGAAAAAGGUACAUACACUGUAUUUUCAGAGAAUAUUAGUACCGAAACUAAAAAAACCGAGUCAUGUUUUAAGUCUUUUAUAAAACCACCAUUCAAUUCAGAAACGAAUAAAGUUAUACAUAUGCCAUCGAUUGAUAAUGAAGAAAGCUUUAACUUAAUGGAUUAUUACAGGAAUGAUACUCUUAUGACUUCCUCGUCCUCUUCUGUAGCAACUUCAGAUGAUGAUGAAAAAACGAUAUGCGAAAACGUUAUGUUACUGGAUAAAGAUAAUAAUUUGAGAAAAGGGUUUGAUUUCUUAAAUAAUUGGUAAUAAUUUUUGAAUACUUUAUUGUAUUUUAUAUAUUUUAUAGAUAUUUAAGAUUUAUAAUCAAUUUUUCUCAUAUUUAGAUUUUGUACUUUAAUUUAUAGUAACA